ACAACCGCCAACAGACCCACCGAGGCCUAGGAGCUCCUCACUUGGCUCACGCUUUCUUUACCUGAAUCACCGCGCUUUUCAUAUCACAGCAACAACACAGAUAACAUAUUGCUACGUACUGGACAUUAAGCUAAGAUGCAGGUAAACACUGUGCGAGAUAUUCUCGCGUAUUUGACCGGAUCCAAAAUACAAACAGUGAUUGAGUCAACAAGAAUCAGUCAACACAGCCAGACCUGGUGAAAAUGCCCUCAAUGAUGUAUCCAAACGAUUUGGAUGUCUUCAAGCAAAACACUUCGAGUACUGACGCUCGACUAGAACUGGGCUCCGCGGAGAUUUUCGCUUUGAGUCUUUACAUUGGUGUCGUCGGUGUUUUGGGAGUUCUUGGGAAUGUGCUCGUGGUGGCAGCGUUUUACCGCUACCGAAGCCUGAGAACUUCAACAAACACCUUUAUUCUGCAUCUUGGCCUAUGUAAUUUGAUUCUGGCGUCAAUGGAUCUUUUGUUCACUUUACCAUCAACAGCAAGUAAAAAAUGGAUGUUUGGACUUCACGCAUGUCGCUUUUACGGACUGACUUACCACUUCUUCUGUUAUGUUUCUCUUAACACUCUCGCUAUUAUUUCACUGGAUCGAUAUUGGGUGAUCACAAAGCCAGCCAUCGGGAUUAAAAUCACCAUCAAACGCGCUCUCAUAUGCAUCGCGGUAUCUUAUGUCUACACGUUAGUGUUCUCUAUACCUCUGUUCCUACAAUGGGAAAGUUUCGAAGAAAAGAUAUUCUACACAGGAUGCUAUCUGACGACCACAAGAUUGACGGUCAAGAGCCUUUUAUACUCAAUAGUACAUGGCGUGUUUUUAUUUCUUUUUCCCUUCGGGCUAAUGAUUUUUUGUUAUGGAUCCAUAUUCAAGUCAGUGAAACGCAAGGGCCGAUACGGCGUGCGCCUGCGAUCUAAGAAAAACAAGUGGAUAUUUGCCAUCCAGCGGAUUCCCCACUGGCGAACUGCACGUAUGAUAAUAGUAGUUAUAUUCGUCUUUCUUGCCUGCUGGCUUCCUUAUGUUAUUGUUUCUACUUGUAUGUCACUUGGGCGCCGCCCGCAGAUUUCUCUUUUAACCUUAGAGAUAACACUUCUCGUCGCAAAAUCAGGAGUCAUAUAUAACCCCUUCAUAUACGCCGCUUUAAACCUGAGAUUCCGCACGGCUUUUUUUGAGAUGCUAAGAUGCGAUAAAUUUCUUGAUAGAGCGAAGUGGGGGAUCAAGAGCCGUGUCCUUACCGCUACAACUUUUGACUCGAGUGGACAAUUCGUAUCGCGCACUAGCGCGAGUAAUUGCGUGGCGUCCUCGCGCGCACUCGUGACGCGAAGCGAAGCGUUUGAGCGAGUCGAUCCCGAAGUGUGUGGGAAUAUUGAAGUUGAUACUGAACCAUCGAUAGCAAGACCACACAGUGCACCGGUGGGUGGUUCUUGGAUCAAAUGUGACUCUGAGAUCGAUGACUGUGUGUGUCUUCCUAAAGACGAGCCAUGGGACUCAAAUCUUGAAAAAACGGGAGCGAAGCUGCUUUCUAUGAAAUCGUGCACCGAUGACGACUCAUUCUCUAAUUCUAAUUCAAACUCGGACAAAAGCGAGCAGAGCUUGGUAAAUACACAACAGAUCAUAACUAAGGGCAUUGUUUUGAAGCCAACGUCCUCGUCAUUUCAGGUUAUUGACGAUAAAUGUCCUUGCAAAGAAAUAUGGGAGACUCGAAAUACAUCAAAGUACCGAAGAAAAAAGUUUUCGGGCAGUGGAAAGGACGAGUCAACUUUCUCUUGCACGUGUGGCCCUAACGUGGUGCAACGGGGGACGUUACUCCAAAAGAAAAGGAAAGAAAAAUACAUCCAACAAACCGAAAAUCGUGAAAUAACGAACGGAAAUCCACCCAUAGCUGGAUUAGAAAUCUGUCCGAAUUGUACCAAACUCAUCAAGAAGGAGUAUUGUACAAAAAUGUCUGGUUUUUGCGACCAAGAAAGUUGCUUGCAUGACCAACGUUUCUUGCGUGACUGUAAGAAAAACAAAAGGGAAAGGCGUUACAAUCUAGGCAGACGAAGUCUAAACACCCUUGAGAUAAGGCAGUCUAAAGACUCACUAUACUGCGCAUGCGUAGACCGCGCCGAUAUCAAAGGAAUUCUAGAGCGAAAGCUGACUAGCAGAAGGACAUCAGACGGGGUGCAUUCUGGGAUGAUGGUGAUGUCACGUGACUCAUUCUGGAGGCGGCCAAGUCUAGUGUUGGCGAACAAUGUCUACCCCAUUACAUUUACACCAUCUCAAGAAUUAUAGGGACUUUAAGCAACGGUGACAGAAACGGGGACGACGACGGCAGAAAACAACGGAAUUUGAUUUAGAUUUCAAAAGCAGCACAUGAAAAUGCGUUCUGUCUAAUACAUUUCAGCCGUUUUACACCAAACCAUGACAUGAAAAAAACAACUUUCACGGUCAAUUAAAGACGCGCACGUUUGUUAAAUCCUCUCACUACGUUCGCUACUGUAGGAAUAUUGCCAUUAGUUUAUUUUUUUCUGUUUCUGACUAUAAUGUUUUGCUUAUUUCAUUGCAAUUAAUUUGCAAUUGAUCGCCAAGCGCGAACGCAUCUUUUUCGAUCUCGUUUUCCUAGCCUUCGUCGUCGUCCUUGCUUAAGGUCAGUAUUUGUCAGGAUUUGUUCAAGUAAUUUUCAUGAGUCGUAAUCAAUGCAAAGUCUUGCAAAUUAAAAUUAAAAAAUAUGGACCCGG